ACACACAUACACUAAAUUGCCAGGCACGCUCACAAAAAAAGUUUUUUUUUAUUGCGUCACCUUUCAGAUUGAGGCUCCUCUUGUUAUCCAAUCAGAAUUGAUCUGAUAAGUGCGUUAUGCUUCAAACAAUUGGCCUUAUCGCGAUAUGGAUGUUGCCUAGCAACCUUCGAGAGAAAAAAAAAGACCUGAUGCGCAACAGGCUUUUAAGUAUCCUAUGGAGUUAUAUGAUGAUUGGCUGGUAAAUACUGUGAAUUCCAAUCCUGAAAAAAUGUAAUUAUUUUUUCAUUCUUUUUUUUCCUUUCUUUCUCCACUAUUGUCCAUCUCAAGAUGAGUGCUUCUAAUUCGAAAAAUAAUGGCUUUGUGUUUGAACAACAAAACGACAUUCGUUUAAACGAGCUCAGUUCUAAAAUCUCUGCUAUCAAAAAUAUCACAAUAGACAUUCACCAAGAUGUGUCUGAUCAAGAUAGAUUGUUGGAUGAAUCACAUAAUCAAUUCAGCGGUCUUGGAAGUAGCUUGCAUCAAUCUUUUGGCAGAAUGAACAGAAUGAUAUCCAAACGCCACCAAAGACAACUCUGUUUUUAUGUCUCCAUCACUGUCUUUGGUUUUUUCCUUAUUUAUUAUGGUGCACCCUUUAUCUCUUCUUUUUUCAGUUCCGAAAAGGACGGUGAUGAUAUGUAGCAGAAAUGAUUUUUUGUAGAAAAAUAUAAUUAAAAUUAAGGUUUUGAUUAGAAAAUACAUAUUAAUUUAAACAAUAAAUAUGUUAUUUUUAAAACUCUUUCCAUAA